CGGAGGAGGGGGGAGGGAGGAGGGAGGGAAAGGAAGCCGUGGCGUCUAGGCUCUUGCCUGGGGAGCCAGAGCUGGGCACAGCCCCAGCCAGUGAGCGGAGUGGCCGCAGGCAGCCAAGAUGAGCAGCAGAGUGACUUUCUUCGAGGUGGGUGCGUGCAUGAUACUUCUCUUUUUCAAGUUUCCAGUCGGGCAUCCGAGAUUUCUGACAGUACUCUAGGUUCGACUCUCGGGCCAGCAGUGAACCCCCAGCCCGGGGACAUCCUCUGGGCAGCGGCGUCAGAGCCCGAGGCAGGCACAGGGAGAGGCUCCCCGGGGGACCAGAGAGCAAAGUUGCGGACUGUCUGGGGAGGGACACUGGAUGUGGAUGUCCUGGGGAGGGAGAAGAGGCUGGAGCGGAGCCGGACACCGUGCCACUGCGACCUGGGGGUUUAUGCCAACCCAUCGCCCGCCGUCCUAGGGUCUCGGAUGCCCUCUUCACGCCAAGGUUCCGGCUGAGAGCAUCAGCCGAGGUGACGGUGGCCCUCCUCAGCUCCUCUGCAUUGGAGCCGGGGCCAGAGAGAGCCUGGCGACUUCUCAACUUAACUACCAUUUCUUCCAAGGAACAGUAGACUUGCAGUUAAUCGAGCGGUCCCAUAUGGGAAAAGCCCCAAAGAGGAUGGCUGGGGCGGAGGGAAACCCGACAGCGGCAAACGCCCUCUGCUUGAGGGACGCCCAGGUGGAAAUCCUUGACUACAAGACAAAGAAACAACUAUGCUUUCUGGAUAAGGUUGAACCACAUGCCUCAAUCAAUGACAUCAGAUUGAUGUUCCACAAAUUUUAUCCUCAAUGGUAUCCAGCAAGGCAGUCCAUGAGACUAGAUCCCAAGGGAAAAGCCUUGAGGAAUGAGGAGAUCCUGCAAAGACUUCCAGUUGGCACAACAGCUACCCUUUAUUUCAAAGACUUGGGGCCACAAAUCGGAUGGACAAUGGUGUUUUUGAUCGAAUAUGCAGGCUCACUCUUCAUCUACCUCCUGUUUUACCUUCGAAUGCCUUUUGUCUAUGGCCUGGAAAAGAAACUCAUGUCAAGGAGGCUCCCUGUGGUCAACCUGGCAUGCAUCUGCCAUUCUUCCCACUACAUCAAACGAUUGAUUGAAACAAUCUUUGUUCAUCGGUUCUCUCAUGGGACCAUGCCCCUGAAGAGUAUCGUCAAGAAUUGCUUCUUUUACUGGGGAUUUGCUGCUUGGCUUGCUUAUUACAUCAAUCAUCCUCUUUACACGCCUCCUUCCUACGGACAAAAGCAGAUCAAUUUUUCUCUGAUCACAUUUCUGUUAUGUGAAGCUGGAAACUUUUCAAUCCACGUGGAACUCAACAACCUGAGAGGAAAUGGACCAAAGACCCGUCGGAUCCCAUACCCAACCAAGAAUCCUUUCACGUGGCUUUUUUUCUUUGUCUCCUGCCCUAACUAUACCUAUGAGGUGGGGGCCUGGAUCAGUUUCACCAUCAUGACUCAGUGUGUCCCAGUGGGAUUAUUCACCCUGGUUGGCUUCAUUCAGAUGACAAUCUGGGCAAAGGACAAACACUGCACUUAUGUAAGAGAGUUCAAGGAUUACCCCAGUUUCAGGAUGCCAAUCAUUCCUUUCUUGCUGUAGGAAGCAAGUGGUGAUGCAUGGGCACUUCAGCCGACCUACGGGCAGAAAAGUCAACAGAUGAGCCCUGGUCUUCUGGGUUUUCUCAAAAGAAGUGAUGACUUUUCAAUUUUUAAAGUUAAUUAAUUGGCAAUAAUUCUCUUAAAGACAGCUAAGUCAAGGCAUUGGGUGGGGUCUGUCAACUCUCCAAAGUUAUAGAAUAUUCUUGUUUCUUUCCCUGGUGAGUGAGGAGUCCUGGACUCUGCUUGUCCAAGGUCCUUUCUAGCUUCCAAAUCCUAAUUCUAAGUAUUUGUGUAUUCAUAAAUACACACACCUUCUUUUAUGCAUUACACAUGCAUAUUAAAAGAUAACAUGUCCCUAAGAUAUUUUCAAUUUAUAAGGGUUUUUUUGGAUGUGUUUUGGGAGUAGUGGUAGCUGGUUUUGUUUUGGGUUUUCUUUGGUGCUGGUGGUGGUGGGAAUCACUGUUUGUUUGUUUUUUUUUAAGCCCAAGCAAGGUGUUGUAGCCUUCCUGUCUAUGGAAACUCCCACAAUUUAGGACAUCUUCAAGGAAUGGUAUUUGAUUAUUUCUUACAGAGCUGGUCUAUGUCAGAAGAGCAAUAUAUCAGCUUAGCCAAGAGGGAGAGUCCAACUUAUAAAUGGGUAACUCCCAUAAUUUGGGACAUCUUCAAGGGAUGACAUUGGAUUAUUUGUUCCAGAGCUGACUUGUGUCAGAAGAGCAGUAUAUAAAUUUAGCUAAGAGGAGUCAUCCAACUUGUAAAUGGGACAGGGUCCCUCAGUCCUGUGCUACUCAGGUCUGGGAGGUACUCAGUGCCAUGCUCUCUAAGCCUCUCUAGUUCAGAGAUGGUAGCCAUUUGUAACUUUUUAAAGCAACGAGAAAAUACAGUGGCCUCUGCCAAUGGGGCAGGUAGCAUGGAGUAUGGGUGGAAGGGGCAAAGAAACACAGAGAGAUAGGGAGGUUUAAUUGGUGAACCAGUGCCUAGCUAUCUGAGAUGGAGGGACAGUGCAGGACCUGGAGCUAUCUAGACAGAACAUGUUUAUCCCAUCUUUCAUCCAGUCCAGUCACAUGUUCCCCUAAGAAGAAAUCUUUCCACGCCCUAUAUUUAGGACUGAAAAUAUGCAUGAGUUCAGGACAAGGGGGAAAGUCACAAGCAUUAACCAAUGUUGUAGCCAUCUCUGAAAGCAAUUUAAAAGGUCUCUGUUAAUGGGGAAAGUGGAUUAUUUGUGUUUCCAAUGGGUCUUAGGCACUGAUUGGAGCAGCUCAUGAUUCUAGAGGGUCCGGGUCACAGACAUUUCAAUUAUUAAUCCAUUUAAAAUGUUGCCGGCCACAGACUUGAUCAUCUACAUGACCCUCAACCUGUUUUCAUAAAACAAGCUAUGAUGAAACCAAAGGAUCUUCGUCCUUCUGGAUGUUUCCCAGGGUCGUGUUCUCAGCAAGGUUUUCAAAUGUACUUGGUGAACUGAUGUACUGAUGUCUCAUUCCUAAAUGGACAGCUUAGCUCAGCUCAGCUCAGCUCUCUCUUGCUCACAACCCACAGACAGCCUCGGGACCUCCCAGGGGAGCUGACCUUCUGCCAUCUGUUCAGGGGAAAGUUUUGAAGGUUUUCUAUAAAUCUGGGCAAGAAAUGAUCCCAUCCUAGUUUGUGGGACAUUUUAAAGAUUAAAAAAAUAUAUUUUAGGAUCUCAUAACAGAAACUUGAAAAUGUGAUUGUUAUUUAUUCCGCUACAGAUUUAUUUCCCUAUGAGUGCUAAACAGAAGGAUUUUUGCAACUCUUUGUAAAGAUGAUUUACAUAAUAAAGUCAAACCUAUGUUUUGAA